AUGCCGCGACAGCGCGCCGCGAAGGAGGAGGAGACGGAGCUGCUAACCAAAGAAGAGAGAUCCGCGCGCACUUCAGAAGACGGCUCCGAAACAUCCAUAUCCUCCAUUUCCACAACCUCGCUCGUCCUCGAACACAUCAACGACCCGUCCCUCAAUCGUGCGUCGCAACCGAAGCGUGGGGAGAAGUACACGGACGACGAUGACGACGCAAGCCAGGCGCGCGAGCCGUUCGACGUCGAGGAUGGGCGGUUCAAGGCCCCCAUUGCUGUAGACAAAAAGACAAGGAGGUGGCUAUGGAUCGUGGGCACGGCCUGUGUAGCUGGAUGGGCGCUUGCGCUCGUCUUCUUCUUGAUGAACGGCAGCUACAAGCACGCUUCGUCCAGGCCACACGACCCUCUUGCUAGUUCUACCAAGGGCUCGGGGAGGAAGAUCACGUUGGACGAUGUCUUCGGAGGCCGGUUUUAUGCCCAACAACAGAGUGUCGCAUGGAUACCGGGACCAAAGGGCGAGGAUGGCUUGUUGCUUGAGAAGGGCUCGAGCAACGAGGAAUACUUGGUCGUUGAGGACAUAAGGUCCAAGGGCGAGGCAACGUCUUCUGCGAGCAAGACCACGCUGAUGAAGAAGAACACAUUUGAGGUGGAUGGCACAUACGUCUAUCCCAGUGAUGUUCAGCCAAGUAAAGACUUCAAGAAGGUGCUGGUCACGUCGGAUUACCAAAAGAACUGGCGACAUUCCGGUACUGCGAAGUACUGGAUUUUUAAUGUCGAGACACAGACUGGCGAAGCUUUGGAUCCGGACCAGCCAAACGGCGCAAUCCAGCUAGCCUCGAUAUCUCCGCAGUCGGAUGCGGUCGUGUUCACGAGAGACAAUAACAUGUUCCUGCGCAAGCUGAACUCCAAGGAGGUUAUACAGAUUACAAAAGAUGGUGGCUCUGAGCUCUUCUAUGGUGUACCUGACUGGGUAUACGAGGAGGAGGUCUUCCAAGGAAAUAGUGCGACAUGGUGGUCUGAGGAUGGCAAGUACAUCGCUUUCUUGCGUACCGACGAGUCUACCGUCCCGACAUACCCGGUCCAAUAUUUCGUGUCACGGCCUAGCGGAGAGAAGCCCAAGGCUGGCGAAGAGAACUACCCCGAGGUUCGCGACAUCAAGUACCCCAAGGCAGGCGCCCCCAACCCCAUCGUCUCACUGCAGUUCUACGACGUCGAAAAGGGCGAGGUCUUCAGUGUCGAGAUAGAAGACGACUUCAGUGACGAAAACCGUCUGAUCACCGAAAUCGUCUGGGCCGGCAAGACGAAGCAAGUACUUGUUCGUGAAACCAAUCGCGAGAGCGACAUUUUGAAGCUCGUCUUGAUGGACGUCGAGAAGCGCACUGGCAAGACAGUAAGAACCGAGAACGUCGCUGAGCUGGACGGCGGCUGGAUGGAGGUUUCACAGAAGACAACGUUCGUACCGGCUGAUCCUGGCAACGGCCGCAAGGAUGAUGGAUACAUUGAUACAAUCAUUCACGAAGGCUACGACCAUAUCGGCUACUUUUCACCAUUGGACAGUGACAAGCCUGUAUUGCUCACUCAGGGCGAGUGGGAAGUCGUUGAUGCGCCUUCUCGCGUGGACCUGAAGAACAACCUGGUGUACUACGUUUCAACUGAGAAGAGCUCCAUGGAACGACACGUAUACUCUGUACUCUUGAACGGUACUGGAAAGAGCGAAAUGCUGGAGAAUGGAGGCUCAGGCUACUACGACGCUUCCUUCUCAGCUGGUGGCUCUUACGCCUUGAUCACCUACAACGGACCCGGAAUUCCAUGGCAGAAAAUCAUCAGCACGCCAUCGAACAACGACAAGUACGAGAAGGUCAUUGAGGAGAACAAAGCGCUUGACCGCUUCGUCCGUCGGCUUGAGAUGCCCAUUCUCAACUAUCAGACAAUCAACGUCGAUGGCUUCGAGCUGAACGUCCUCGAGCGUCGUCCACCGCACUUUAACCCGAAGAAGAAGUACCCUGUUCUUUUCUACCAAUACAGCGGACCAGGCUCGCAGGAAGUCAACAAGAAGUUCAAGGUUGAUUUCCAGUCGUACAUUGCCGCCAGUCUCGGGUACAUCGUGGUGACAGUGGACGGGCGAGGUACGGGUUUCCUCGGUCGGAAGCUUCGAUGCAUCACGAGAGGCAACAUUGGAUACUACGAGGCGCACGAUCAGAUCGCCGCGGCCAAAAUCUGGGCCAGCAAGAAGUACGUGGACGCUGAUCGACUCGCGAUCUGGGGCUGGAGUUACGGCGGUUUCAACACACUGAAGACGCUCGAGCAGGAUGGAGGAGAGACGUUCAAGUAUGGAAUGGCUGUCGCUCCUGUGACUGAUUGGCGGUACUAUGAUUCCAUCUACACGGAGCGCUACAUGCACACGCCACAGAACAAUGCCGAAGGCUACGACAACUCCACCAUCACCGACGUCACUUCCCUAGCGAAGAACGUCCGCUUUUUGGUCAUGCACGGCGUCGCCGAUGACAACGUGCACAUGCAAAACACGCUGACCCUGCUUGACCGGCUGGAUCUUGCAGGUAUCGAAAACUACGAUGUCCAUGUGUUCCCCGAUUCGGAUCAUAGUAUUUACUUCCACAACGCGAAUCGCAUUGUUUACGACAAGCUCAAGUGGUGGCUCGUCAAUGCUUUCAACGGCGAAUGGUCGAGGAUCACGAAUGCGGUGCCCAAAUCGCAACUUGAUUCGAAGUCGAUAGGACGUGAGGCAAAGCCUCGAUAUGUAUAG